CAACAGCCCCCACCCUCUCAACCGUCCUACUGGACUUCCCCCGAGACACCCCCACGCAACGGCCAGCCCUAUGAUGCUGCCGAGAGUGACCAGGUGCUAGAAAAUGGCAACUACAGCACCGACAUUGAUGAACCAGAGACCUUCCAGACCGCCCUUCACAUUGCGGCCGAGGGCGGCCACGAUAACAUGAUCGAUAUGCUGCUCGCCGACGGAAGACUGGCUGUAGACGAGCGAGACAGCAACUCGGACACGGCACUACACGUCGCCGUAGCAGGCCAGAAGUUGAUCGUCGUGCUCCGUCUACUGAGUUACGGCGCCAGUCCCAAUGCUGAGAACGCAGCCGGCUGGACACCACUACACGUUGCCGUGCAGACGGGAUCCGUCGAUCUUGUCGAGGCACUCGUCACGCAUGGGGGGGACUUGAGCAAGAAAACCCGGGGUAGAAAGGUGGUGGGACCAUGACUGGACCCGAUGAUUUGGAUUAACGACACACAAGCUUCGACUGGAGGGACAAGCUUGUGCUUGUGAACUAAAGAGGAGGCCUUCUAACUGGAAG